AUGGCCAUUAAACUAGCACCAAUUACCCUCCCCGUCACUGCCAGUCGUACAGAUUUUGACACCGAUUUUGGUCGGGAAGUCAAGGGCGUGAACCCUGGCGAACUAACUCCUGAGCAAUUUAGGGAGAUCGAGACAGCUUUGUACACUCAUGGAAUUCUACUGUUCAGAGAUGUUACUCUGACACCGGAACAACAGUAUGCUUUAACAAAGGCUUUUGAUCCCGAGUCCGAAUCAUACGGACAUGGCAACAACAAGACCCAGUCGACCAAGAAGUCUAUCCUUCAUCCAGACCUUAAGACGAUUCCCCGGGUGCCCCAAGUUCAACUCAUCGGCAACGGCACGGUCUACAACCAUGAAGGUCUUGAAUCCGCUGCUCUCAAGCACCCCUCGCAUACAACUUUCCACAAGACCCAUGUCUCGGCUGGAAACGAGGCCCUGGGCUUCACUAGAUUCUAUCGCUGGCACAUCGAUGCUGCGCUGUACGAUUACAAUCCACCUCGUGCGACUACCCUCUAUGGCAUCACCGUGCCUGAGGGUGAUAGGCAGACUGUUAGGUAUAGCGAUGACGAUGAUCCAUCCGGAGAAAACCCUAUCUCUUUUGUGUCAGGAAAGAAGAUGUUCCAGAUCCUGCCGCCUGAGUUGAAGAGUUUUGCCGUUCGGACCUCUGUUCGGUACGCACCCCAUCCUUACGUCUGGAUGGCGCCUGCUCGUGCGAAGUCGGACGGUCUGGGAAUCGUGAACGAAGGCCUGGAAUUGCCGCUGAAUGAACUUCCAGAGUGGGAGCAAUCAAAAAUUAAAACGCUGCCUAUUCUUUGGAAGAACCCUGUCACAGGCGAACUACACUUCCAAGUGCAUCCUUGCGGUGCUCAAGAACUUAUCGUAAAACCCUUACCACUUGGCGCUUCCCGUGAGGGUGCUUUAUACCCCGAUGGAGAACAUAUCAAGGACCUUGGGAAGGUUCGCGAACUUCUGCACUUGAUGCAGCGGCCCGGUAUUGCCCCCGGGUUGGUGUAUCCGCAUGAUUGGAAGGAACGCGAUCUCGUCUUGUUCCACAACCGCGGUUUGCUUCACACCGUCGUCGGUGCUUUCAAGCCCGAUCAAGUUCGCGCAUUCCAUCAGUGCAACCUCGCCGCGUCCGAUGUUCCCACUGGUCCCACGGAGCAGGAUAUCAUUGCGUGGGCUUGA